AGCGUGUAAGUCGGCCCCAAAGACUACAGGCCCAAGGGUCUCCAAAGUCCACGAUCCACUCAAAACGGCGGUCCCCAUCCCGACCCGAUGUCCCCUCAUCCACUCCAAUCAAAUGAUCUAAGAGCAGCAAAAAAAAAAAUGCCUUGCCAUGAUUGCCAUGUUUCUGCCCAUGCUCGUCUUCUUCCCGCCAUCCAUCGCCCCUCAAGCGGGACCAAAUCCCAAUGUCGUUCGCCAACCUCGCACUUCUACUUCGUAUAGUACACACCCCCCCAAUCCACGUGACGAAUUGGUAUUCGCCCAAGACCUCUCAAGUCUCGAAGAAUUCCUCCCCCCCCAAAGAGACGCACGUUCGAUCCCGUGGUCUCAUCCGCUGCAGGGCCCCCGGCAUGAGAGAGAUAGAGGAAUGAGGGAACGGCUUUUUCCCAAGCUUCAAGUUUUAAGCCCCAUGCAAGGGGGACAAGAGCAAAUCGCAAACCAUAGACACCGUUGUCACGUGGAUACUUGGUUGAGUUUUUCCCUGUUUUCGUACUACGCUAAUACACCAAAUCUUAUUCACCCCUCCCCCUCCUAAGGUACCCAAGAACGAUAUCGGCGCCGGGAAUUAACCACCCCCUCCAAAAGGGACUCCAUCUUCGCCAAUUCACGGUGAUUCACACACAUAUACGAAUAUGCGUGUUGUGUGUU